AUGACGUUCGCGGACGCGGCGACGCGCGCGGUGCGGGCGUUGGAGAUUAGGGAGACGGAUUCGGUGUGCGUGCCGGUGCCGCUCGGGCACGCGAUGGGCUUUGGAUUCGGCGCGUUGGCCGCCUUCGCGGCGGGCGCGCGUUUAGUGCUUCCGCCGACGAUCGGAAGCGCCGCCGACGGUGCGGCGGCGCGCGAGGCGAUGUGUGCCGCGACGCUCGACGCGAUUCGAAGCGAAAAGUGCACGCUCGCGGUGGUGGACAGUCACGUGACGCGCGCGGCGGCGGAGCGCGAUUUAGGCGCCGACGCUGGCUACGACCACUUUCGCGGUGGUUUGAUCAAGGUUGGUUCGGGCGAUGCCAUCGGCGUCGCGGAAUCGGUGAAAUUCUUAGGCGCCGAGCUGUUGACCGUGGGCAAGCCCAAGAAGACGUGA